AUGGGGCUUUUUGCAUGCUACACUUACGGGAGCCGGCUACCGUCGUUCAACGCGACCCCUCUUCAAAAGUCCAACCACACUGAGAAGCCUCCUGUUCAGCAGCUUCCGGCGUCCGGGACGCCGAAGCUUUCCUGCAGGGUUUUCGUACGCGGAGAGCGGGUGAAGCUCCGGCGAACAGCUUGUCCAGGCCUGCCCCCUGACGUCCCUUACGGCGAGACCUUGGUGUUCAAAGGAAGCUGUUCGCAGCUCUCCUGGAUCUCAAGCAGCUGCACUAAGCCAUCAGCCAUUGUGGCAGAAGAUCUUGAGAUGGACCAGCCUGCAAACUCGAGUUUUGAAGGCUGUGAUGCAGUCGUGGACCAGAUGCGGGGCGACCGGCGAUGGCAGCAUUACAAUCUUAUGGAUGCUGUGCAGAUGGUCUGUGGCAACAGGACGUGCUUACCCAUGCCCGACUGCAUGGACGAGGUUCACCAAAAUUUGGAGCGAUAUCCGCCUGACAGCUUGGUUGGGCGUGCGCGAGCUUUUUGCCCUACAGCUCCAGAGCUCUGGGGGCGUCGCUGGUUCAAAGCCUUCGAGACUGUGGUCCACAGCCUCAACCAAAGUAGACCCCAUGACACACCACCAAAAGAUGCCUUGGUUGUCCACCUACGCUUGGGAGAUGUACUGGAGGAGUCGGCUGCGUCGGUGGACGAAAUGCUCGCGAAUCCUGUGCCGUUCUACUCUGGCGAGAACCAGCUAGAAACCUGGAAUGUCUAUGUCAGGAAGUCGUGCCUGUACCUUCGAGCAGUUGCCGAUUAUUUGCGAUCGUUGGGCGCCAAAGAUGUGUCCUUCCGCCUCGGUUAUCCUCCGGAUGAG